GUAAUCUUAACUAUUUUCUUUGUCAAUGACUGCUACGAACCAUCUUGCUACGUCCACUGGUUUCACACUCCACAACAAGAGGCGGCGGUAACGCCUCACCUUAUUAAAGUUGGUUGAAAUCUACAAUCCAACUCAAGCGAAGAAGAAAUCCCUGCACGUGUAACUACAUCAACUUAACCCAGAUAAGGAUGACUGAGGCAUUCAGCAGCAACUGUGAGUUGGUUCUUCAACAGAGCGUGAAUGUUACGUCAGAGAGAAACGUUCAUCAGGAGAACCUUGUGGAGGUCUAUCAGAUUGACGAAACCUGUCAAUUUAUCAACAGUAACCUUUUUACCAAGGUGGCACUGCAGUUCCCAGAUGAGCUCCUAGUGGAUUCAGUUGCAGUUGCUGCAGAGAUUGAGAGAAGAACCAAAUCAAAGCUGUUCAUACUGGGAGACACAUCAUAUGGAAGUUGCUGUGUUGACGAAGUGGCAGCAGAACAUGUAGGUGCAGACUGCAUUGUGCACUACGGCAGUGCUUGCCUCAGUCCCUCCAAAAGGCUUCCAUUGAUGUACGUGUUUGAUAGGAGACCAUUGGACUUGAAGAAGUGUGCUUCAUCCUUCAGAGAAUUCUACACAGACAGACAGAGUCAUGUCAUUGUUCUUUAUGACGUUAACUAUGCCCACGUCAUAGACAACCUUUUAGCACUCCUGUUGCUUGAGUAUCCAAACAUAGUGAACUCGACACUUCUUGUAGAUGGUGAACUCUGCCAUGGUCAAGGACAGAUACAAAAGCAAACAAAUGACACAAGUCACUUGGCUGACAACAAUGCUGAAAUUAUUUAUCAGUUUGGAAGGCAAAUGGUCUUAAAAAAUGGACUAAGCAUAGAGGACUACAGUGUGUUCUUCAUUGGGCACGAAGGUUCAACUUUAACAAAUUUCAUGAUGACUUGGAACAAGUGCUCUUUUUGCUCAUUCGACCCUGUAACAAUGUCAGGGCGGUCAGAGUCCAUCAGUAUUAACAAGGCCUUGAUGAAGCGAUUCUAUGCCAUUGAGAGGGCUAAAGAUGCGAAGGUCGUCGGGAUUCUGGUUGGGACACUGGGCGUGGCAAACUACCUCGCAAUCAUUGAGCAGCUAAAAGAGACCAUCCAUAAGGCAGGGAAGAAGAGCUAUAUGUUUGCUAUGGGAAAACUGAAUGUGGCCAAAUUGGCCAACUUCAUGGAGAUUGACAUUUACGUUUUGAUCGCCUGUCCGGAGAACUCGUUGCUGGACUCGCGUGAUUUCUACAAGCCUGUAGUGACCCCUUAUGAGAUGGAGAUGGCCUGCAACAAGAACAGGGAGUGGACGGGACAGUAUGUCACAGACUUCAGUCAACUCCUUCCAGGUGGAGCAAAUCAUGUUCCAUUGCCCAGUCCUGGAGAGCUGAAGGACUGCGAUGAGACGGAUGUGUCGCUCAUUACUGGAGCUCUGCGCACCAUGCAUCACCCCUCCUACAGCUCUGCCUCGUCCUCCGUCAUGCUGAGGAACCAGACGCUUACUAUGGCGAACACUACCACAGCUGCCUCAUUCCUGGUGGGUCGUAGCUGGCAGGGCUUGGAGCAGAAACUGGGAAAGACACCAGUGACGAAGGCACUGGAGGGGAAGAAAGGCAUUGCAAUCGCUUAUGAAGAAGAUAUAGACUGGGUUGGCCAAAAUGCAACAUAAUUAAUCUCAUCAAACCAGAGACUUUUGGUGAAAUAUGCAAGUGUAUAUUUAUAACAAGAUCACAUUUUCUAUUUUGAAUUAUUUUCACGUGAAUGUAUUUAUCAUGUCAUGUUUAUAUUACAUUGUACAGAUCAGAUAAAGAACUAGAAAUGUGACAAUGCUUUCGUGCUUCUUGUAAGUGAAAAACGUUUGCAUAUAGUAUGUGUUAUUUACACAUACUAUAAAAAAUAUAAAUUCCUGAUUGCAUCAUUUGUAAAAAUUGGAGGAAUAGCAAGAGCACAUGGUUAAGUUAUAUCACUUUAAGCAAGACUUGGCCUCUACAUAAUGUAUGUUUGCACUACAAUAUAGGAACAAUAGAUGACUUCAAAUAAACAUUCUUCUGACCAUUUAAAUGUUAGAUAAACAGGCAUACAUUUUUUAACAAUAAUAAAUGUACACUGAAUCAGAA